AUGCAAGAGAGCAAGAAUACUGUUCACAAUGUCGAGGACAUUGAGAAAAUUGCAACACAGGAGAAGCAUGAGCGGGUCAUCACUGUCGAAGACAAGAAUGCGCAGUUGGUUGCCAAAGUUGAUCAGUCGCUGAUCGACAUCGCCGCCGAGGCUACCGACUUGGAGCAUAAACUGAGGGUCACCGAGGCCCUCAAGAUCUAUUGGAAAGGUGUCGUUUACACUACGAUCAUCACUCUUACUAUCAUCAUGCGUGUGUACGACAUUGUCAUCAUCAACAGUUUCUUCGCCUUGCCGGCCUUCCGCAACAAGUUCGGAUACGAUGUCCCUGGCAGCGGCAAGCAGAUCCCGGCCAGCUGGCAAGCUGCUCUCGGCAAUGCCAGUCUGGUUGGACAAGUGAUUGGAGCUUUUACGGUUGCAUACCCAAUGGAAAUGAUUGGCAGACGCUGGACCUUAAUCUUUUCUCUGAUUGGGACUGCCGCCUUUACCUUCAUGCAAUUCUUUGCGCCCUCCAUUGAGGUCUUAACGGCAUCUGAGUACCUGUCAGGAGUAAUCUGGGGUUUCUAUCAAGUUCUUAUUCCCACCUACUCAUCCGAGUUGCUCCCGACAACGCUUAGGCCCUACCUCGCUGGCUAUAUCAACCUGGCCUACGCCAUAGGAAACCUGAUCCUCAACGGCGUCACCGCCAGUUUCGACACCUGGACCACUGAUUGGGGAUAUAGAAUUCCCUUUGCUCUCCAAUGGAUCUGGCCUACUAUUAUCUUACCGUCUCUGUUCUUUACUCCCGAGUCGCCAUGGUGGCUGGUGCGUAAAGGGCGCAUGGAAGACGCCGAAAAGGCACUCAGACGCCUCAGCAGCGACUCUCCAAAAAUUGACACCCAAAGGACUCUCGCCAUGAUGCAAAAGACCAUUCUGUACGAGAAACAUGUCGAGAAGGACUCUAGCAUUUGGCAAUGUUUCAAAGGCGCCAGCCUUCGACGCACCGAAAUCGUGAUCAUGAUCUUCUUCUGUCAGGAUUUCGCUGGAUUUGCCACGAACACGACCUACUUCUUCGAACAGCUCAAUGUUACCACCCAACAAGCAUUUGACAUCGCUAUCGGAAACAGCGCCCUUGGGCUCCUCUGCGCCGCGCUCUCGGCGUUCCUACUGAGAUACUUCGGUCGUCGAAACGUGUUUGUUAUCGGUAUGGGUCUCAUCGUCAUCUUUGAGUGGUUGGUCGCGAUCCUCGCUUGUGCGCCAAACUAUCACAACAGGCCCGCUGUUUCUGGGGCCCAAGUCGCCAUCACCAUGAUUUGUACUAUCGCCCUGCAGCUCACAAUCGGACCUCUGACCUACACCAUUCUUACUGAGGUACCUUCGGCCAAAUUACGAGCCAAGACCGUUGGCAUUGCCAUUGCCGUUGACGCUUGCUGCGGGAUUGUUACGAGUACGGCAAACCCGUACCUUAUCAAUCCAGGGGAAGCCAAUCUUGCCGGAAAGAGCAAUUUUGUUUGGGGAUCCCUGUCCAUCAUUAGCUUUCUCUGGUGCUUCUUCAGACUACCUGAGACGAAGCAUAGGACUGUGGAGGAAAUCGACUACAUGUUUGAACAUCGGGUCAAGACUUGGGACUUCAAGAAGUACGAAAUUGACGAAGAGGCUUUGAAGAACGAUUUGGUGGAGUAA